AGGGCAACAAUGGUUGGCGUUUUCAUUUAUAAUAAGAAUUGAGGGAGUCCAUGUGUGAGAGUGCAUUGCAUGAUCACUGAAACGCUUUCAUUUCUCACAUUUCCUAUAAAUACUCAAUCAGUUAUUUCGCGAUCAAAUCCCCUCUCACCCCACCCCCAAUUUCUCUCUCUCCUUAAUUUUCUCUGACUUCUCUCUCCAAACAACAGAUUCAGAUCUGAUCAUUAUCGUCAUCGUCGAUCAAUCGUCUCCUGCAAAUAAGAACUCUUCUCCAAUUUUAAUGGCGGUGUCACCAUUAGCGAAGUACAAACUGGUUUUUCUCGGUGAUCAGUCCGUCGGUAAAACCAGCAUCAUCACCCGUUUCAUGUACGAUAAAUUCGACACCACCUAUCAGGCGACCAUAGGUAUCGAUUUCUUGUCAAAGACUAUGUACCUUGAAGAUCGAACAGUUCGCUUGCAACUCUGGGAUACUGCUGGUCAAGAGAGGUUCAGAAGUCUUAUACCAAGCUACAUUAGAGACUCUUCAGUAGCAGUCAUUGUUUACGAUGUUGCCAACCGGCAGUCGUUCUUGAACACUUCAAAGUGGAUCGAGGAAGUCAGAACCGAACGAGGCAGUGAUGUUAUUAUCGUUCUUGUAGGGAACAAAACUGAUCUUGUUGAUAAAAGGCAAGUUUCAAUCGAAGAAGGAGAUGGUAAGGCUCGUGAAUUCGGUGUAAUGUUCAUAGAAACUAGUGCAAAAGCAGGUUUCAAUAUCAAGCCCCUAUUUAGGAAAAUUGCAGCAGCGUUACCGGGAAUGGAAACACUGUCGUCGACUAAUAAAGAGGAUAUGGUUGAUGUGAAUUUGAAACCGACUUCGAAUUCGUCUCAAAUGGAACAGCAAGGAGGAGGUUGUGCAUGCUAAUAAGACACUCUACCAAAAGAGGGAGAAACAAAAUGUAGUGGCUAAGGGAGGGGGAAAAAAACAAUGAACUCUUUCCAUGUUGAAAGGAGUUUCUGAAGUUUUAGGCAUCAGAUUAUUAUUAUUAUUAUUAUUGAAUUCAGGAGUUUGGUAAUUUUUGUUUGUUUGGAAAUUGUAUUUUUCCACUAGUUGUACUUGUGACAUUGUUUUUUUUUGGGGUUGAAUUUAGGAUUGGAAGUUCAAACUUAUGUUUGAACCUUGAUUCAACUUAACAAGUGUGUUUCUAUUUAAUAAUUGUUACUAGGAUGUCUUUUUCUUUCAUUUUUUUUUUAAUUUUAAAAUACCAACCCCAAGUCUUGUUCGAUUAUUUGGGGAAAACGAACAAAAUGAAUUCUCCAUAUUGGAGAUAUUAAUAUUAAACGAUAUAUUUCACUCACACCUUAAUUUGGUUAAGGUUGUUAUUCAAUAUUGUAUCAGAACCAGACCAAAUGAAAUGACGAUGACAAAUAUUUUUCCCAUUGCAGUGCAUGAUGCGUUAGGGCGAAUAUUGAAACCUAACAAACGCAUCGGGUUCACCAAAAAAUACAUAGCGAUACUCGUAUUUUUUGGACCGAAAUCGUUCUCUUUGCAUUUUCGUUUCUACUCAUAUCGUCUUAUCGUACAAGCAACAACAAAAUCCCAAUUUCUUCUCUCUUGCUGGCUAUCAAUCUUUUCAUUCAUCUUGAUUGCUUGAGUUUUUCAGUUUCCAGAAUUUUCAGCCUUACCAUGUAACAAAUUAAAAUGCAGUCGAUAAUCUUGGCCAAGAAAAAACUAAAUUAAUACCAAAGAUGUAAACCAAAAAUUUUUAUACAGGGAAAGUAUCGAAUGGAACGUCUAAAAGUGCAGUUCCAGGUCUUCAAAUAUGUACACUGAUGAAAAAAUAUGCAACUCAAACAAAAGAAAAGGACAA